CCCAAUCCUCUGGAACACCGCUUACGACCGUGUACUUGAACCGUGAACGCUAUCAGGAGACUCGGACUGAGCGUGUCACCAACCAAAUCGGAAGCCCUGGGGUUCUUCGACCGGCGACGAAGAGAACCACCACCAACCGGACUGUCCAUCAAUAUCAACGGAGAGGAAGUGCCGGUGGGACACCAGAUGAGGUACCUGGGUCUCAUCAUCGACAGCCAGUGGACCUUCGAGCCGCACAUUGAACAACUGGUCCCAAGGGUGACUGCCGCGGCCAACGCCCUAUGCGGCCUACUGCCGAACGUGGGUGGAGCGGGAGUGGGCGUUCGCCAACUGUACGAGGGAGUCAUAAAAUCCCGAGUACUCUACGGAGCCCCAGUGUGGGCCGAAGACAUGAUGGAGAGCCGGCGCAGCCGGCUACUACUAAGGAGGCUACAAAGGACGACCGCCAUCCGCACAGCAAGAAGCUACAGGACGGUGUCAUACGCGACGGCGACCGUGCUGGCCGCGUCCCCCCCUUCGAGCUGCAAGCCCUCGCACUUCGAAGGGUAUACGACAAAAGGAAGAUCUCACGCCUGGACGGGCGCGCAACGACGCCACCACCCGACAACAGACCACCGUCGAGUGCACGGGAAGAAGCCAAACGGGAGACAUGGGAGCGAUGGCGCUCUCAACUGGUCGAGGAAGACACUACACGGCAACACCGGGCUGUUCGCGCCGUGCUCCCCAACUGGGAAACAUGGAGAGAGCAAGGCGGGGUACCGCUGACAUUCCGUAUGACACAGAUGCUCACAGGUCACGGAGUGUUCGGUGAGUACCUACUACGGAUCCGGCGGGAGGUGACCUCCAUAUGUCACCAAUGCGAGGAAGAGGAGGAUACGGUACAACACACGUGGGAGCGAUGCCCGGCAUGGGCAGACCAGCACGUCUUGCAACUCGACAUCGGCGAGAGCGUAGCCCGAGAAGCGAUCGUGAAGGCCAUGUUGAGAGGGCACCAGGAAUACACCGCCGUCCGCUCCUUCUGUGAGCAAGUGAUGCUAGCAAAAGAGCGGGCGGAGAGAGAAAAGAAAAGGAAACGCGACCCAGCAAGAGUGGAGCGACAAAGGAUACCCAGGCGCAACAGGGGGGGGGGUGGCACCGCCGCCGCCCCAGCUCGAGCGACAAGACUAGGAAAACGGAACACAAGGGAUGUGGUCCCCUCCUAGCGGACCAACACAAAUAUGGACGCCUCCCUCCUGAUAAAAAAGGGGAGAACACGAUUACCAUUGAUUGAAACAAACUUUACACAAUACGCCGGUAUUAGUUUCUAGUGCGUUUUGAUUAAAUGUAUUGCACCCAUAAAAAUAGACACAACAAUACGACACAAAUAAUAGUAAAUUUCAGAUUAAAUUUAGAAAGUAGUAUUUGUAAGAUCGUUACUAUUUCGCACUUUUCCAUGUAUGGAAUUGACCGAUAUGUCUUUUAGGGAAUUCGUAUCAUUGUUUUAUAUUAUUAUUAUGUACAUAACGUGUUACUAUGUUUACCCUUUUACUAUUAGUUUACUAUUAUCCUAUUAGAUUGCGUUAGAACAAGAGGACGGUAAGCAGAAUCGUGGUAAUUUGUCGAAUAAUCAAUAAAGAACUAAUUAUAAUAUUAUUUUUGAAAAUAGAUCUGAAUUAAUGUCAAGUCUCAUGGAUAUUUUUCAUCGAGACAUGAAUAUUUGAAACACGUGCAUUCUCGUUUCUCACACAGUCUGACAGGACGAAAGAAGGAAAUUAGUGACGAAAGAAGGAAAUUAGUGUAUGAAUGCGCGGUUCACUCACGAUCGAUGCAGGUAGAAAGUACUUACGAGGGAGAGUGUAAGGCGAGCGGAGAAUGGUGGAUAAGAAUGGGAAACGGAUCAGCCAAAUGACUGGCAGUCAGAAUAAUAAUAGUCCUGGUGUGUAAUUGUAAGUGUGCCGCGUUUUCAUGUCGUAAACAAUGCACGUAGUAAAAGGGUAAAUAGAGAAACGACCUUGUAAAUGAUUCUUUGUCGAUUACACGUUUGUCACGUUUGUUUACCAGCUAGACUAUAGUAAGUGCUAUUUUAGUAGAAUGCAAGAAAAUUGUGGGUGUCACGUUUAACCGCAGUUUCAUACAAAAAUCUGAACUUUAGAGCGAGAACGUUGUUGUGGAAGUAAUGAUAAGUAGAGUGCAGAUGUUUGUAUAAAUUCAUAUUUUUAUAAAUUGAAAAAAUGAAAUCUGAGUAGACGAUUGUUUUGCUAUAAAUGUUAUAAUGAGUACUAUGCCGUGUAUGUUUCAUAUUUCGUUCGAUCUAAUACUUCAUAUAUAAAACCUAUAGUACUCAUUGCUACAUAUAUAUCUAUUUAAUUAAUAGUUAUUAUUAAUAUUUGUAAUAAAACAAUUAUCUAUACAGGAAGCAUAAAAGUUUCAGUAACGAUAUAGUACAUGACAUUAGCAUUAUGUUAGGCAUUAUUUUACAUUAGUUUUGGAUUCCCGUUUUCUCGCUUGCAUGAAGGAAAAGGAUUAGACUCUUGCUUCGUUGGAAUUGAAACUUAAAUAACUCAGUUUAAUAUUCCUUUGAAAUUACUUAACUUGUGACUUAGAGAGUACACAUAGAUACCCCCCGACCAUUACAUUAAACAAUUGUACGUCCCUGUUUAUAAAAUAUGUACGUUGUCAUUUACUAUAUAACAUUUUGUUCAAUCUUAAUAUCCAGCUCAGCGAUCUCACACCCACAAUGAUAUACCUUUGCCACUCGAGGUAUACCGAUUACUUGAACGUUAUCAGUUUGCUACUAAUAUUCCCUGCUUUCUGUUCGUUAGCCAUAAGCGCGCGUCAAUUUGUUCACGCGCCUUGGUCUUUCCUGUAGCUCCCGGCUAUACGUCGCAUUGAUUCGUUUUCGCUUCUAUUUCCUCAGCAGUCAGUGUAAUUAACAACAUUGGAUUUGUCAAGAUGGUUACGGUUAUUGGCGAUUUUAAAGUAAGAUUUCCUCAAGUCCCCGAUCAAGGGAACUUGGAUGAAGGUGGUCUUAUUUGCGCCUUUUGACGUUAUAUGAGAUUUUCUUAUUUCACAAGAUCUUUACUAAGCAAAUCCUUAAGACACGACCUUAAGAUUAAUCUUCAGUCGCAGUUAUGAAAUCAAAAGACAUCUGAAGACUGUUCUUGAGACGAUCUCAAGUAUAAGACUGGGCUAUGAAUAUCAUCCAUAGAUUUAUAUGAAGCAGGUCAUAUGGGAUGCAAUUUUG